AUGUCUGACGAUGAAGUGGACCUCGAGCUUCUCGACCUCCUCCGCAACCACCUCCAGGGCAAGCUAGCCAUCCACAAGGAGCCCGAGACGGGCGUCCUCGAGGGCGCAGAGUAUGUCUACGACAACGGCGUCGACGUCGCCAUCGACAUGCGCUCCACCAAGGCCGCCGCAGAGACAAUCUACGCCCAGAUGCAGCAGACGCACUACUCGACGGCUACCUGGUCCGAACACCAGCUGCACCCGCAGGCAAAGGACGAGCAGACGGUCGCCUUCAUCUUCACCAUGGACCUGCUCAACUUUUCCUUUUGGUCCGAGCUCCCGGAUGACGAGUGCUUCGCCGUCGACUAUCGCGGCAAGCAGUGGACGGGCUACUGGAGUCUUGUCGCUGCCCUCCAGCGAGCCCUGGACGACGACAUUCCCAUAACGGCUCCUCAUUUCUGGCAAAACGAGGACGAGUGCAACCUCGAGACCCUGCGCCACGUCUUCAGAUCGUGCACGGAUGAGGAGAUGCCCAUGCUACAAGAGCGCCUGGCCUGCCUGAGAGAAAGCGGCCAGGUUCUCUACGAGCGGUACGACUCUUCCUUCAUUAACGUCGUCUCUGCCGCCGGCGGCAGCGCAGCGCGCCUCGUCAACCUGCUGGCGCACGACUUUUCGUGCUUCCGCGAUGAGCACACCUUCAACGAGAGACACAAGCCCGUCCGCUUUCUGAAGCGCGCCCAGAUCCUCGUCGCCGACCUCUGGGCCUGCUUCCAGGGCGAGUCGUGGGGCAAGUUCCGAGACAUCGACAAGAUCACAAUGUUUGCCGACUACCGCGUGCCCCAGAUCCUCAUCUCCAUGGGCGCCUUGUACUGCUGUCCGUCCCUGAGUGCCGCCAUCAAAGACAAACGGCUGCUGGAGAGCGGGGCUAGCUGGGAGGUGCAGCUGAGAGCGUGUAGCAUAUGGUGCGUCGAGAUGAUUCGUAGAGAAAUCUUGAGACAGCAUCCCGGGACGCAUGUCAACGCGAUCCUGAUUGACUUCUUCCUGUACGAUAAGAUGAAAGAGCUAGAGGAACAGGGCCGGGGGGAAAUACCCCAUCAUAGAACGCGGAGCAUAUGGUAUUAG